UAUCUACAGUAUUUCUUGCCCACUUAAACCCCAACUGCAAAUCCUUGGAAGCUUAAACCUCCCUCUUCUUCUCAGAAAUGGCUCUCCUCCAAAUCCACACACUUACACUCCCAAUGCCUUCGCUUUCACCCGUUUUAUCUUCAUCAAAAUCCCAUUUCCAGAACCCAAUCUUCUCCUCUGCAACGAACGCUAGACCUCUCUCACUUUCAACAAAACCCAGAAAGCUGUUUUGCAAACCCCCGCUUGGCAAAUAUGUUAGGGAAGAUUAUCUUGUGAAAAAGUUGUCGGCUCAAGAAAUCGAGGAGCUGGUAAAAGGGGACAGAACUGUACCCAUAAUUAUUGAUUUCUAUGCAACAGGGUGUGGUCCUUGUAUUUUAAUGGCUCAAGAACUUGAAAUGCUAGCUGUGGAGUAUGAGAAAAAUGCAAUUAUCGUCAAAGUCGAUACCGAUGACGAGUACGAAUUUGCACACGAUAUGCAGGUCAGAGGGUUGCCUACUUUGUUCUUCAUCAACCCUGAUCUGAACAAAGAGGCAAUCCGAACCGAAGGCCUCAUUCCGAUACAAAUGAUGCGCGAUAUACUAGACAACGAGAUGUGAGAAGAAGACUGGUUAUUUCACCGUGAAACGGUACUAAGGUACCAGACACUGCUUCAGAGCGUUGAAUACGUAUUUUUCGGGGCAGAUCGGAUGCGGAAGGCACAUGAUCUUGUAGCAAACUUGGCAUGUGAAUGACCUUUUCUUUGUGAUGGGGCUGCUACAACAAACAUUGAGACGACAAAGCAUAUGCUGAGACAAACGAGCAGACAUUAUUUAGUUAAUUGGGUCUAUUUUUAGGGACCAUUCGGUUAGAUAAAUGUUUUAUGUUUAAGCUC